UGGACCAGAGCUUUGGGUCUUUCUGAGUGCCUGGCCCUUUCUCCUGGGCAGGGAACCUUUGCAGCCCAUUUUCCAUGCGUCUCCUGACUCCAGUUGCUGACUCAGCUCAGCUGAUCUCUGCUGGGGAAGCAGACAGUGACUCAGGGCACCAAGGCCCUUCCCAGGCCCCGCAGCCGGGCGUGCACGGAAACUUUACUGGUGUUUGGCUGAACCCUUCUUUCCAUCCCAGACGCAGUGCACGGGGUACCGAGGCUUCAUCCUGCUGCUCACCUUCUUCAUCUACACAUGUUAUCACAUGUCCAGGAAGCCCAUCAGCGUGGUGAAGAGCCGUCUGCACCAGAACUGCUCAGCGAUCAUCCAGCCCCCCAAUGCCACCCACAGUCCCAACGACACCACGUGGUGCAGCUGGCCUCCGUUUGACCAGGACAACUACAAGGAGUUGCUGGGCGCCGUGGACAACGCCUUCCUGGUGGCCUAUGCCAUCGGCAUGUUCAUCAGUGGGAUUUUCGGGGAGCGGCUCCCCCUUCGUUACUACCUGUCGGCCGGAAUGCUGCUCAGUGGCCUCUUCACCUCGCUCUUUGGCCUGGGGUAUUUCUGGGACAUCCACGUGCUCUGGUACUUCGUGCUCAUUCAGAUCUGCAAUGGACUCGUCCAGACCACAGGCUGGCCCUCGGUUGUGACCUGCGUGGGCAACUGGUUUGGGAAGGGGAGGCGGGGGCUCAUCAUGGGCAUCUGGAAUUCCCACACCUCCGUGGGCAACAUUCUGGGCUCCCUGAUCGCCGGCAUCUGGGUGAGCGAGCGCUGGGGCCUGUCCUUCGUGGUCCCAGGCGUCAUCACCGCUGCCAUGGGCAUCGUCACCUUCUUCUUUCUCAUCGAGUACCCAGAGGAUGUGGACUGCACCACCCCUCAGCACCACGGGGAGUCGGAAGAGAAGCAGGACAGCCCUGAGGACCCGGGGAACAACCCCUACUGUCACCAGGAGAGCAGCCUGGAGGCAGCCACCGGAUGCUCCAAGGAGCCAAGCGCUCAGCCUGCUGCCAUCAGCUUUUGGGGGGCGCUCAUGAUCCCGGGUGUGAUCGAGUUCUCUCUGUGUCUGCUCUUUGCCAAGCUGGUCAGCUACACCUUCCUCUACUGGCUGCCCCUCUACAUCUUCAAUGUGGGUGAGUUCCGGGGAGAAGCGGUGAGGAAGGGGGCUCUGGUCCGAGAGGAAACCGUUGCGCGGGGGCUCAUCAUGGGCAUCUGGAAUUCCCACACCUCCGUGGGCAACAUUCUGGGCUCCCUGAUCGCCGGCAUCUGGGUGAGCGAGCGCUGGGGCCUGUCCUUCGUGGUCCCAGGCGUCAUCACCGCUGCCAUGGGCAUCGUCACCUUCUUCUUUCUCAUCGAGUACCCAGAGGAUGUGGACUGCACCACCCCUCAGCACCACGGGGAGUCGGAAGAGAAGCAGGACAGCCCUGAGGACCCGGGGAACAACCCCUACUGUCACCAGGAGAGCAGCCUGGAGGCAGCCACCGGAUGCUCCAAGGAGCCAAGCGCUCAGCCUGCUGCCAUCAGCUUUUGGGGGGCGCUCAUGAUCCCGGGUGUGAUCGAGUUCUCUCUGUGUCUGCUCUUUGCCAAGCUGGUCAGCUACACCUUCCUCUACUGGCUGCCCCUCUACAUCUUCAAUGUGGCUCACUUCAGUGCCAAGGAGGCGGGGGACCUGUCUACGCUCUUCGACGUCGGUGGCAUCACAGGUGGCAUCCUGGCGGGGCUCAUCUCCGACUACACCAAUGGCAGGGCCACCACCUGCUGCGUCAUGCUGAUCUUGGCCGCCCCCAUGUUGUUCCUGUACAACCACUUCGGCCAGAGCGGGAUUGCCAGCUCCAUAGUGAUGCUGAUCAUCUGUGGGGCCCUGGUCAAUGGCCCUUACGCGCUCAUCACCACUGCUGUCUCCGCCGACCUCGGGACACACCAGAGCCUGAAAGGCAACUCAAAGGCCCUGUCCACCGUCACGGCCAUCAUCGACGGCACCGGCUCCAUAGGUGCAGCUCUGGGGCCUCUGCUGGCCGGGCUCAUCUCGCCCACCGGCUGGAACAACGUCUUCUACAUGCUCAUCUCUGCUGACAUCCUGGCCUGCUUGCUCCUCUGCCGGCUGGUGUACAAAGAGAUCCUGGCCUGCAAGUCACACCUGAGCCCAGGCACCGGCUCUUGUCUCGCCUUAACCCACACGCAGUAGUCGUUCCCUCAAGCCCCAUGACUUUUGUAUAAAGAAAUAUGAGGCCCCGAUUGGAAAAGAAGCGUGGAGGGCCCCAAAGUGCUCCCCCUGGCAAGACCAUUGAAACUGCGGGACGCUGAGACAAAGCCUCUCGAUCUAACACCAGCCUUCAGAGCACUCGGGGACCCUGAGGGGCUGGGGGAGUCUCCGUGGGAAGAGGCCGGCCAGGCGGAAGGCGUCUCCAUCCUGCAGAGGGAAACACCUGCUCAGACUCCUGCUGGUUCAGAUCCCAGGACCGAGGCCGCGGCUGCCCAGGGCCAAGGCGGGAAAAGGCACGUCUCUCCUUCCUGUGUAGAAUUGGACCUCUGUGGUCAGCUUGUACCUACAGAUGGGAUUCUGACCCGGUUUCAGGGCAGCCCAGCCUCUCUUUGUCCCUUUGUUCACAAGCCAUUUAUCGCCAUUUGAACCUGUUCCUAACUCCUGACCCAUUUGGGUUAAAGGACCGUUGCUAUAUCCAGGGUCAGGUCUAGGGGGAGGUGCUGAAGGCGUCAUUCUUCGGCCUCCUUUGCCUCACCCUUGUCCCAGCCUCUAUGUCUCAAGUAGAGACCACACAUCAGGGCAGUGCUGUGGGGAAUGGGAGCCAGGACUGAAAAUACCAGUGUGUAUGUGUUGUUUUUUAUAUAUAUUUUUAUUGACUUCAGAGAGGAAGGGAGAGGGAGGGAGAGAGAGAUGGAAACAUCAA